AUGGGUCUCGUAACGAUAGCUUCGGAUCAACUUAUCAACGGCGUUGCUUCGCGCUUAAUCUAUGAAGGUUCUAUAUGUGAUUCAUGGCCAUGUUGGAACGAAGGAACAUGUGUAAGCAAUGGUACUAGAAGCUUCAAAUGUGAAUGUCCACCCUUAUUUACUGGAGAGCAAUGCGAAAGAAAGAUAUCAGACUUGUGUGAAGAAAACAAAUGCUUCUUAGAUAAUUGCUGGAUCAAUGGUCGAAGCUAUAACUGUUCACCCAUUUUCAAAGGUAAAACAAACGCUUUUUCUUCCUUUGUCGGUCUGAAACAGUUAUCGUGUGCUUGA